GCCCUGUGAGUGCUGGGAUUGAACAGGUCCUCUGGGAAAGCAUUCAGAGCUCUUAACAACUGAGCCAUCGUCCCAGUCCCUGUAUAGUCCAUGGUUUAUCUUGACUGCUCUGUGGACUUACGUUGACCGUAUUUUCCAUGUAUUUUAUCAUGUACUUAUAGCUCUGUUUUAUUGCUCAUUAUUUGAGUCCUGCUGCUUUUUGUUCUAAUAUCUAAGAAAUGUCAAAACCUUCCAGCUUUUUAGUUUCUCACCUUUUUGCAAGAACUGGCUUCUUUUUACUUCAAUACAGCUUACUCAUUGGUGACAGGUCAAGCGCCUGAAGAAUUCUUCAGUGUUUAACUACUUAUUCCUGAAAGCAUUCUAAUAUAUUAUUUUUUAAAUUACACUAUGUAGUUCGUGAUUGUAUAAUCUAUGGGUUUCAUUUUAGGAGCAUGAAGAGGUUUCUCAAAACACUUAUUUGUAAGUAGAGCUUUGAUUUCUUUUAAAGUUUAAAGCUGGCUCUCGGUGGGCAUCAAGGGCAGUCCUCUACCCUGAAGAGGCCUCAGUCUUCUAGGAAGAUGUCACAUGGAAAUAACUUAUGGCUGGACAGAGAGGAUUAUAUAAGGUCUCAGACAGGGAUGAGCAGGCAUUUUGGAAUGAAGCUUCUAGAAGGGGCUCUGUUCCUGCAGACCCUGGUAGUCUGAGGAGGUUGUGAAGGAUUCGAAAGAGGAAGAGAUAAGGGAGGCAUAUGGUGAGAGGAACAGAUGCCACAUGGUUGUGUUGGGCAUGUGUGGAGGUCUUAGGAAUUUCUUUCCACCUUAAACCCUGACAAGUAUAGAUGGGGAGUUGGGAUGGGGUCCUCAGAAUUUUACUGUUGUUCCUUCUCAGAAGACAAGGUAUGUGAUAUCCCAGACUAGGGCGCUGCUGACAUUUCACUUAUGUGAUCUAAGUAGAAAACGGGCUUAUGUAGUGGGAAAUGAAUGGAUGCAGUAGUCUCCAUGCUGUUUAUUUCUUUUCCUUGUUUAUUUGGUUAGAAAUACUGAGUUGAGGAAGAGUAGGAAGGGUGGGGGUAAGAACUCCUUUCCUCGGCUGCCUCAGCGCGGGAUUUUUGACAUUGUCAUUUCAUGUGAUUAUAAUCUGUCAGAACUUCUCUGAGGAAAUGCAUUCUCAGUCAAACUAUGGCAAGGGGUUAAUGAGCCUUCCGGAUGAUUUGGUUUUUCAGACCUUCUCUUCUUCUAAUUCCAUAAUCCUUAGCUAUGGUGGGAAAUAGACUUCAAAGUGAACACUUCAGGUUUAGUUCAAAUACCAGCCAUUUAAGUAGCUCAGGAAAUUGCCUGAUGUAGGGCUCUGGGGUGACAGUGUUUUAUACUUCUUGUAGUCUUUCGGAGUUGGGUAGAAACAUCAAAAGCAUUUUAUUUCAUUAAAAUCCAUCUCUGGUUAUGUAAUUUCUGCUAAUUUCUUACAGAAUUUUCCUUCUAGGACAUAGUUCCUAGCUGCCCCUCCAGAGUGUUUAAUUUUCCCUUAUCCAGAGGCACACAUUUUCUACUUUGUCCUGUCUGUUAAUUACUAAGCUCCAGAGGAAGAGUGGUUUGAGCCAGGGCCCCAAGUUGUGGAAGUUUCUAUAUCCGGUAAACUGGCUCCAUUCCAGGGCAGAAUAAUUUAUCAACAAAUGAAACACCAGCCACUUCCCACACGUCCUCUGAUUGCAGUAAAAUCACCUCCUUCCCACCCAUGCCGCGUUUGCAGGAGUACGAGCUGACAGCCAUUCUCUUUCCUCCUCUUCAUUUUGUUGAAUCACUGCUUUCUGGCAUCUAUGGGGCUUCUUAUUAAUAGUAAUAAGAUGUUCAUUCAUUGAGUGUCUUGUGCUACAAACCAGAUAGCGUCCCUCCCUCUGCUCCUGGCCGUGCUGUGGCAGGGAAACAGACUGAAACACUGAUUUCUGUAGCGUCAGGUACUGUUUAAGGGGUGUGUGUGUGUGGGGGGGGUGUGUGUGACAAAAUUAGCAAGUUGCCUAACCACUUCCCUUCCUUGUGGCUCUUUAAUAUCAUAACGGACACAGAAAGCUUCAGAAGGACUGGGCUCGUUUUCGAAACCACAGCACACUUUGGCAAAGAGGGGAUGCACAACACAACGGAUGGAGUGGCCGGACGAGAGCAGCUCUUGGCUCAGCAGAGAAUGCACAGUAUGAUCAGCUCAGUGGAUGUGAAAUCAGAGGUUCCUAUGGGCCUGGAGCCCAUCUCACCGUUAGACCUAAGGACAGACCUCAGGAUGAUGAUGCCCGUGGUGGAUCCUGUCGUCCGUGAGAAGCAACUGCAGCAAGAGCUGCUUCUCAUCCAACAGCAGCAACAGAUCCAGAAGCAGCUCCUAAUAGCAGAGUUUCAGAAGCAGCACGAGAACCUGACACGGCAGCACCAGGCGCAGCUUCAGGAGCACAUCAAGUUGCAACAGGAACUUCUAGCCAUAAAACAACAGCAAGAACUCCUAGAAAAGGAGCAGAAACUGGAGCAGCAGAGGCAAGAACAGGAAGUAGAGAGGCAUCGCAGAGAGCAGCAGCUUCCUCCUCUCAGAGGCAAAGAUAGAGGACGAGAAAGAGCAGUGGCAAGCACAGAGGUAAAGCAGAAGCUUCAAGAAUUCCUGUUGAGUAAAUCAGCAACAAAAGACACUCCAACCAAUGGAAAGAAUCAUUCCGUGAGCCGCCAUCCCAAGCUCUGGUACACGGCUGCCCACCACACAUCACUGGAUCAAAGCUCUCCACCUCUUAGUGGAACAUCUCCAUCUUACAAGUACACAUUACCAGGAGCCCAGGAUGCCAAGGACGAUUUCCCCUUGAGAAAAACUGCCUCAGAGCCCAACCUGAAGGUGCGGUCCAGGUUAAAACAGAAAGUGGCAGAGAGGAGAAGCAGCCCCUUACUCAGGCGGAAGGAUGGAAAUAUUGUCACUUCAUUCAAGAAGCGAGUGUUUGAGGUGACAGAAUCCUCAGUCAGUAGCAGCUCUCCAGGGUCCGGUCCCAGUUCGCCAAACAAUGGACCCACUGGAAGUGUUACCGAAAAUGAGGCUUCAGGUUUGCCUCCCACACCUCACCCUGAGCAACUGGUUCCACAGCAGCGCAUUCUAAUUCACGAAGAUUCCAUGAACCUGCUAAGUCUCUACACCUCCCCCUCCCUGCCUAAUAUCACUCUGGGACUUCCCGCAGUGCCGUCCCCACUCAGUGCUUCCAAUUCACUCAAAGAAAAGCAGAAGUCUGAGACACAGAUGCUUAGGCAAGGCGUUCCUCUGCCUGGCCAGUAUGGCAGUGGCAUUGCAGCGUCCUCCAGUCACGCUCACGCAGCCAUGGAAGGGAAGCACGGCAGCAGCCACCAAGCGCUCCUGCAGCACCUGCUGCUGAAGGAACAGAUGAGGCAGCAAAAGCUCCUUGUGGCUGGUGGAGUUCCCUUGCACCCUCAGUCUCCUUUGGCGACAAAAGAAAGAAUUUCACCAGGUAUUAGAGGUACCCACAAAUUACCCCGUCACCGACCCCUGAACCGAACCCAGUCUGCACCGUUGCCUCAGAGCACGCUGGCUCAGCUGGUCAUUCAGCAGCAACACCAGCAGUUCCUGGAGAAGCAGAAACAAUACCAGCAGCAGAUCCACAUGAACAAACUGCUUUCGAAAUCUAUUGAACAACUGAAGCAACCAGGCAGCCACCUGGAGGAAGCAGAGGAGGAGCUGCAAGGGGACCAGUCCAUGGAAGACAGAGCAACCUCUAGCGACAUCAGCACUAGGAGCAGCAGCAGUGCUUGUGUGGAUGACACACUGGGACACGUUGGGGCUGUGAAGGUCAAAGAGGAACCAGUGGACAGCGAUGAAGAUGCUCAGAUUCAGGAAAUGGAAUGUGGGGAGCAGGCUGCUUUUAUGCAACAGCCUUCCUUGCUGGAGUCCUCACACACACAUGGACUUUCAGCACACCAGGCUCAGCUGGCUGGCAUCGAUGGAUUAGAGAAGCAUGGACUCCUCUCCAGGACCCACUCUUCCCCUGCAGCUUCCAUGUUACCUCACCCAACAGCAGACUGUCCCCGACAGCCUGCCUCUUCCACUGGAAUUGCCUAUGACCCCCUGAUGCUGAAACACCAGUGCAUCUGUGGCAAUUCUACCACCCACCCUGAGCACGCUGGGCGGAUACAGAGCAUCUGGUCACGGCUACAAGAAACCGGGCUGCUAAAUAAAUGUGAGAGAAUUCAAGGUCGAAAAGCCAGCCUGGAGGAAAUACAGCUUGUUCAUUCUGAACAUCACUCACUGUUGUAUGGCACCAGCCCCCUGGACGGGCAGAAGCUGGACUCCAGGACACUCCUAGGUGAUGAUUCUCGAAAGUUCUUUUCCUCAUUGCCUUGUGGUGGACUUGGGGUGGACAGUGACACCGUUUGGAAUGAGCUGCACUCGUCCGGUGCUGCACGCAUGGCUGUUGGCUGUGUCAUUGAGCUGGCUUCCAAAGUGGCCUCAGGAGAGCUGAAGAAUGGGUUUGCUGUUGUGAGGCCCCCAGGCCAUCAUGCUGAAGAAUCUGCAGCCAUGGGGUUCUGCUUUUUUAAUUCAGUUGCAAUUACCGCCAAAUACUUGAGAGACCAACUAAAUAUAAGCAAGAUAUUGAUUGUAGAUCUGGAUGUUCACCAUGGAAACGGUACACAGCAGGCCUUUUAUGCUGACCCCAGCGUCCUGUACAUUUCACUCCAUCGCUAUGAUGAAGGGAACUUUUUCCCCGGCAGCGGAGCCCCGAAUGAGGUUGGAAUAGGCCUGGGAGAAGGCUACAACAUAAACAUUGCCUGGACAGGUGGCCUUGACCCCCCCAUGGGAGAUGCUGAGUACCUCGAAGCCUUCAGGACUGUCGUGAUGCCUGUGGCCAAAGAAUUUGAUCCAGACAUGGUCCUGGUUUCUGCUGGAUUUGAUGCAUUGGAAGGCCACACCCCUCCCCUAGGAGGUUACAAAGUGACAGCAAAAUGCUUUGGUCAUUUGACGAAGCAGCUGAUGACAUUGGCUGAUGGACGCGUAGCAUUGGCUCUAGAAGGAGGACAUGAUCUGACAGCCAUCUGUGAUGCGUCUGAAGCCUGCAUAAAUGCCCUUCUAGGAAAUGAGCUGGGCCCUCUUGAGGAAGAUGUCCUCCACCAGAUCCCAAACACGAAUGCUGCUGCUUCUUUACAGAGGAUCACUGAAAUCCAAAGCAAGUACUGGAAGUCGAUCAAGGUGGUGGCUUUUACGAGGGGCUGUACUCUGCCUGGUUCUCAACUGCAAGAGGAGUCAGAGACCGUUUCUGCACUAGCCUCUCUGACAGUAGAUGUGGAACAGCCAUUUGCUCAGGAAGAUGGCAGAACGGCUGGUGAGCCCAUGGAAGAGGACCCAGCCCUGUGAAGUGCCAAGUCUCCCCCGAUAUUUCCUGUGUGUGACAUCAUUGUGUAUCCCCCCCAACCCCAGCACCCUCAGCCAUGUCUGCUGCCUGGGUGGCACGGUUUGAUGGAACAUAAACACUGGGCACAGAAUUCUGAACAGCAGCUUCACUUCUUCUUUGGAUGGACUUGAAAGGGCAUUACGGAUUCCUGAAAUGUAACCACUGUGAUUCUAAAGUUACAGUAACCAGGAUUGGAAGAAACUGCGUCCAGCAUGCUUUUAUGCUGGUGACCCACUCGCAGGCAGACACGGUGUGAGCUAGAAAUCUUCAAUACAUUGCUAGGUACUGUCCAUUUCAGAAGCUGUGACAGCCAGUGAAAUUCGAGGCAGAACCUGAGACAUAUUCAUUCCUGACAUUAUGAUCAGUGUUUUAUUGUGUAGUUUACUGUCAAAUAGACUUAAAUUGUUUACAGGGUUUCUUUCCAGCUAUGAGUGGAUGGGAAUUACAGACAGAUUUCUGUGGGUUUGAGGGAUUUUUUUCUUUUGUUUUGUUUUGGGUUUUUUCUCUUUCUUUCCUUUCUUUCUUUUUUUCUUUUUUCUUUUUUUUUGUUUUUGUUUUUGUUCUAACAUGCUUCCAUCCUUUCUGGUAAGAGCUCAAGAUGGAGCUGGGAUGAGGCUUUGUUCUAGUAGAAAAAAAUCACAAUGGAUCUGACAGUCCAAAGGAACUUGCACACUGUGCCUACAGUGUGCAGUGGGGCACCUUGUUGGAAUUUUACAUCUGUUUCAAGUUCUCACAGGACAGGGACUUGCAGUUUUGUCUGGGAGUGAAGUCUCUCCACCCCCAUGCAACUCCAUCUUGAGGACAGUGGCUCUGGAGGUGCAUCCCUUGGGAUGUGCAGGCUGUGAAAAGCACAUAACUUCUCAAGGACUGUAGUUUGCUCCUGAUCUACCUAGCACACCUUUCUCAGCUUUCUUUCUUGGUCCCACUACUCUCUCCUUCUUUUAGAAAAAUUACAAACCUCCCUGAUACUCAAGGGAUUUUAGUAUUUGAUUUACAUUAUUUACUUUUCAGAUUCACCCACUUUUUGUUAUCCGAUUCUUCUGUGAAACUAUUUUAGUGCAUAUGGCUUAAGUGAUGCCACUGAGUUUUCCAGAUUUUAGAAACACAUCAACAAAGAUGGCAAUGAUCUGGAGUCCCUUUGCAUGGGGCUACGCUAGGAGUCGUGCCUUCCCAUAGAAACUAACACAGCAUUUAACCUUUGCACAGGUAGCCUUUCUAGCAAAGGUUCAAAAUAAAGGACAAUUAUUUCUGAGAUUAAAAACAGCUUACUAAGUAAAAUAUAAGCAAGUUAGCCGCUGCCUCUGAAAACUGUAUUUCAAUGUGUAACUCCAACACCUAAAGACAGUGAGGUAAAAUACCUCACAUAUUUAGUAUCUGACAAUGCUUUUGAACGUUGAUGUUUCUUUUUAUAUAUUUUCCUAACUCAAAGGAUAUAUUAAAGCCAUAAGUGAAGAUUGUCAUGCUUUUAUUCAGAAAUCUGAAAGAGACCUUAAUUAAAACAAGGUUUUAGAGAAGGCCGAGAUAUGAAAGCCACGGAACAAUGUGGUUUUAGUUAGGGAGGACUCCAACCUGUAAAUCAAAGAUGAAAGAUCUCACUCACGUAGAAUUACAUAACUCCCCUUUGUUAGACACUCAGACCACAUUUUUCAUGCACUUGGUUUUUUUUAGGAUUACCAUUUUAAUUUUAAAGACUUUUAUUAUAUAUACAAAAAUGGCUUGGUACUUGGUUUAACAUUUUAGAAAUUUGAGAUACCCUUUGAAAUAGGAAAUCUGAAAUUGAAUGUAACUCAGUAUUAGGUAAAAAUUACUUUCAUUGCGUAAGGGUUAAGUCAAUCUAGACUCAUAAUUGUAAUAAAUUUCUUUGUAAAUUCCAUUUUCUUGAUGUUUUAGAGAAAUUCAUGCCAAUUAUAUUUGCUAGCUCUUUUUUCAUUUCUUCCUCUCUUUUUUUGUAAUUGAGGAAAUUUACUUAAAGAAAACCAAAGGCUUAAAAGCUUACAAAAGACCUUCUCACUUUAAAAAAGGGGAAAGUUACCAUACUUCAAAAAGCUAUAUAGUUGUGAAGCUUUAAAAUCAACUUCAGAGUUACACUUCCCUAUCCUUGAGAAUAUAUAUUAGAUGCUGGCUAAUGAGACAAAACAAGGUCACACAAGUAUACCAAUUCACUGAUGUUCCUGCAAUAACAUGACCUCCUGAGGUGACUUGUCAGUCUGGUGAAGCCGAAUCACUAGGACAUCUCUGUGUAUUUAGAUUUUUAAAAUACUUAUUGAAAGAGUUAAUCAUGCACUUCCUUUCCACCAUGUGACAGCACACCUAACUGAUUGCCAUGCAAAUUAUUAGAAUCUCAGGAAAGGCAGAUAAACCCUGAUGGGGAAUGAUUGCAGCUGAGCUUAGUCGUUAAGAGCUGAGUGAUACUGCACCUGAUUACAUGCACCCUUAAAGAUGGAGUGUGGCCCCAAAGGGCAGAAAAUACCAACAUUUCUUCUGGAGCUGACCAGCACUUUUAAACAAGUAGUUCAACUGGUAUUGUUUUCUUCACCCACACAUUUAGUUUUUAUUGUUCCCAAUGGUCCCCAUUGACAAGCUAAUGGAAAAGCAUUAUGGCUCAUGGGUCUCAUUCUGACCCACCCUUUGAAAGAUGACCCCAUGAAUUCCCUCACAGUCUAACAUAACACACACACACACACACACACACACACACACACACACACACACACACGUUGAAAUAAAAUAAUGAUUUUUGAGAAAUAUAUGACUAAAAAAUACUGAGUUUAAAUGACAGUAACAAAGAGAAAUGUUGUAAUCAAUUUUGUUUUCUACAUAAUUUCAUGUUUUAUUUUCAACUGAAUGAAGCAACCCUAAUAAGGAAUUAACAAGUAUGAAUAUUAAUGGAAAUUUAGGCUUUGUUACUACUGACUAGCAAAUGGGGAAAAAUAUUGGAGGAGAAAUAUUUCUAAAUAUUUUAAUCUAGUUUAAAUUAUCCAUACUGGAGAGAGAGCUCAGAUUUUGGAGAUAAUAGAUGUAUUUGUCUAAAAACUCCCACAAGUGACAUUUCCAUCUACAGUCCUCGGAACAGAAAUGGCGUCUUCGGUGUCAACUAUGACCCACUAGGCCCGUUUUCAUUCAUCUAACUAAAGACCCAGGAGCCUUGAAAACGGGCCAUUUCCUCCCACAAAGAUUUCAAAAAAUAUGGGACUAGUCUCUCCCAAUAGCUCAGACCUGUUUUAUUUCUAGAGGUCAAUCAUGAAGCUUUGUAAAUUUACUGAUAUCUUUACAGACUCCCUAGGGGAGUAACGGAGUAUGGUCCUGAGAGGCAGCUAGAAGGAAACUCUCCAUUCAGCACUUUUAAGCUUUUUUUUAAAAUUAAUUUAUUUAUUUAAUUUUUUUUUUUUUACUAUUUCUCUCUUCAAAAUUUUUUCUCUAUUUGUUUCAGUGGACGCAAGUGUUGAAGUCUAACAUCCCAAAAAGAAGCCAAAAUUUUCUCUCAUAAAAAUUAUUCAUUCUGAGCUUAGAAUUCUGUCAAGUGUGACAUUGUCUUUUCUAGUCUUAUCUGUCUUAACAUUCUGUUCCUGCUUUUGGAAAUGAAAUCAUGUGCUUGCUGAGAGAGAGAGAGAGAGAGAGAGAGAGAGAGAGAGAGAGAGAGAGAGAGAGAGAGAGAAGGGAGGGAGGAGCACGAACGACCUGUCUGCUGUACUACUUCCAUAAAGACGCCAUUUACCUCCAAAAGAAAUGAAAAACAGAUUAUCUGAGGCAGAGAACAAAGGCUUUCCGUUAUUUGCAAAGCUGGCCAUGGCUGUGGUCACACUCACCAUCAGCCCUUCUGUGUUCCUGUUGUAUACCAAGACCAUAGGAUUUCAAUUCUCCAGACCAGUCACAGUACAUAUACAUGCCACUUACAACAUCCCUACCAGCUCUUGUGAAAUAUAUAAAGGAAUGAGUGUGUCCAUUAUUAAUAAGUAUGUUGAGAGUAACUCCAUCAGACCCAUCUUAGACCAUUGAUCUAAGGCUAAUUGGACUUUAUCUCGAUGAUAAGGAAUUAGAGUGGUUAUAAUUUCUAAAACUGUCUUAAGUCUCAAACUAGAACAGUUAGAAAAUACAUAAUACACUGUACAGUGCCAGUAUUUCUAACCAAUUAUUUCCUUUCCCCCUUGCUUGCCGGCCAGUACCAAUUUGGCAUAUUUAAACAACCAGAAUAAUUGUGAAUCCUCUCUACACUAUGUUCCCUAAGCAGAGGCUACCCUGCAAGUUUCUCUUCUGAGAUCCCACUUGGCGUAUGUGCCUUCAUGCACUUUUUCUAAACCUAGUCUAUAAUCUUGAUUGUGUUUUUUUACUUAUUCCUUAUCUAGAGACUCCUGACUUACCUAGCUUUACCCAAAAUGAUACCCAAGCUUGGGUUUAUUCUGUACCCGGGGCUUGCCACUUUAUUUUAUUAAUGCAGCACUUUAUUUUUGUGUCAAAUAUCUUCCACCAUUUUUGCUCUGAUCAACUGAGUGAUUUUCGUUGUCACACGGAAGAUUGUGCACACUCUCCAUGCCCUUUGGAAGACACACGAGACAAACCAUCAAGUACACAUGACCACCUGAAGUAAAAAUGGCAAAGGAGAACCUUUUUUGGCAAUAAAAAAGCCUGACAUAUUAAAUAGGAAAUGGACUGCUUUUACUUUUCCUGUUUGGUCCUGAAGCACACUAGGGACACAUUCCAGUGCCCCAUGUACACGGUUAAUUGUCUUCAGGGACACUGUGGUCAGGUCCUUUGCCCUUUCGAGAAGAUGGCAUUUUGUAACAAUGAUAAAGUUGAUGCAGACAUGUCUGGAUUGAGCUCUUUAUUAACUAACAUUUAGUAGAAAUGGAAUAACAAAAAUCACAAAAGAAUUGAAAGUUUUAUAAUCUGAAGAGAAUUCUGUGUGUAUGAAAAGGUUAUUUUUAGAAAGGAAAAAGCUCUUUAUCACUUGCUAAGUUGUAAGAUUCUCAGACUCUUUUUGGAUGACUCUGUGCAGACCUCCCAGGAGCUGGGUGAGAUGAAAUUGCCCUUUCAGUGAUGGCAGGAUUAUCAAGUGUGCUGUCAAAAAUUGGUGACCUUUUUGUUGGCAAUCUGUGUCAUUCAAAACAAACAUCCUGAUAUUAUAACUCAAUUGGGCAUUUUGGGCAAUAUAUAUAUAAUUUAUUACUCUUUUUGGUUGAAUGCUAGACCAUGAUUAUUGGAGUGAGUGCAGAUACUGUGGACUUUCUGGUUCAUUCCUGUAAUGUGGAUGUGUCUUUUGUAUUGUGGUCUUGUAUCUGUUACUGUAAUAAGAUCAGUUGGUUGUCCUCUGUGACCAAGUAGUUUUGCCCUUAAUUUUUUGGCUUUCAUCAAAAUCUGUCACCCAGAACUGCAAAGAAAAGUAUACAUUGCCAAACAUGAAUUUGUUCUGCCAGUGGUGUGUUCCCAGAUGUGCAAGGUAAUACCUAGUAAAGGUGUCAUAUAAAAACAGCACCAUUGUUGAACAUGCUUUCCAAGUGUUCACCUUCUCUCUGCUUCUUAUUCUUUUGGAUUUGGAAACACAGUAUCAUGCCCCAAAGGAUUGUUGAUGUUGUUAGUGUUACUACUCCUUAAAAAGAAUAACGAUGCCCUUUUUGUCUUGUGUUUUUUACUGAUUAGACUUUCCUGUAGCCCUAUGUGAAUAAAAGCUAUUUGAAAUAAAUGUGUCCUAAAGUUUCUACAUCCUAUGUGCCUGCCCUUAGACUCUGUAUCACAAACACAUGACAGAUAUUUUGUGAUAAACAAGUAUAAAUUGUGAGGUAUGACGAUAUACACUAUUCUACUUUUCAAAACUGUAGAUAUUUGAGGCCAAAGAGAUGACCAGAGUUGGAAGCACUGACUGCUCUUGCAGAAGACCAGGGUUCAUUUCCCAAGACCCACAUGGCAGCUCACAACUAUUGGUAACUUGAGUUCCAGGGGAUCUGAUACCCUCUUCUUGCCUUUACAGGCACCUGGCACACACGUGGUAUAUAUACAUGCAGGUAAUAUACUCACAAAUAUAAAAUAAAAAUGAAUCUUUUUUAAUUAAAAAGUAUCUCUUGGGAUGAAAUGAGAAUAAACAACUGAAAAAAAUUAUCAAUCAAAACAGUUACAAGUUGACUUGUUAGUGCAUGCCUGUAGUCCCAGAACUUUGGAGGCUGAAACAAGAAGGUUGCCACAAGUUCAAGGCCAACCUGGCUAUAUAGUGAGUUUCAAGUCAACCUGAGAGAACCUGUCUCAAACAACAACAAGUUACAGUUACUGAUUUGAUUGUAGUUUGCUUGUCAGAAUAAAAAGCAAUAAAACCUGUCAAAUGCACAAUUCUCUACAGAGUGUUAUACUAGAAUUCUCACAUAAGUCUUGUAUCACUAUUUACUUGUAUGGACUAUUUACAGAUGAGAAUAAAUUUAACACGCUCACCAUCAUUAUAGUCAGGAAGAGAUGCAUACAUCUGUCUAGCUUUAAAAAGUCAGUGUUCUUCCCAAAUGACAUCCACUACCCAUAAAAGGUGGUGCACUAAGCACACUUCAACUAAAAUUCUAUGCCUAACCUUUAGUGUGGACUAUAUGCGCAGCCUCUGCUAACCUGGAGUUUUAUUAAACUCUGGAGUUAAAUGGAGCUGGUUGUCAUGGCUAGGUUAGCAUAGUAAUUUACAAAACAGUUAUUUCUUACCAUAUACAAAAAUCUUACUUUAAUUGAGACAGGAACUCUAAAUUGUCUUUGGAACACAUACGCCAAAUCUUUUGAAAUCUAGUCCAAGACCAACACUUAUUUUUGUAUUUUAAAACCCCCUGCAAUAUUUAACAUUUUAAAACAUAAAUGUUUCCAAUGGACAAUGGUUUGGGUUCCUUCUGGGAAAUGAUAGGCGUAUUUUGUCUAACAAAAUGUAAACUUGAGUUGGAGUGUGUGAGUAGAGUUGAUUUCAAUGGUAAACACCUUUGUCUUAAUCAGAUUUGUCAAAUGGCAAAUGUUACUUCAUGAUCCUUUGUUUCUUUUAAGUUUCUGUGGUGAAAGAGGCCAACUGAAAAAGCGAAGGGUAAGUGGAAAAGUAGGGUGGAAUGUCCUGUUCACCGGUGAGUGGUUGUAAUUGAAAAUACAAGCUUAAAGCACGUCUUUCACUACUCAGCACUCUUGUAUCUGUGUCAUUUAGUGUUGGUGAACACAAAGUGCUUCCAAACAUUGUCAUUCCCCCAUGAAUUGUGAUACCAAGGGGACAAAUUUUUACUGCUCUCCUGGUUGGUCACAAACGAAUCAGUCCCUAUAUAUCUUAGUAAUUAUUUUGAAAAAAGAAAAUUCUUCUGGCAAGUGCUUAAGAAUACGGACACAAGAUUCAGGAGAAGAGACCAAGAAAUUUUCUUUUUUGAACUGUAGGAAGCAGAAUUAAAAAGAAGAAAAAAGAUUUAAGUUCUCAGUAUAUCUAAAAACUAAGAAACCAGAUUGAUCUCCAUAUUGAAAGAGUAUGCAGUAUAAUAGUAAAAUAUAGCAUGAGCCUACUUACGUGUCUCCUUUAAUCAUUUUGUAAAAACUAAUUAGUUUAAAAUUAAAACCCAUUGUGUCACACUUUAGCUUUCAUGAUGAAAUUUCCCCUUUCCACCUUUUUGUUCCUUGAUUUUUUUAUUGUUGUUUUAAUCUGGGGCAUGGCGGGAGAGAGAUUGAGAGCAUGGUGUAAAGGACACAAAGAAUAGAUAAAAAGAAAGUUAAAAAAAUAAGGUUUAAAAUUUUAAGAUGUGAUCACAGUGAAUCCUUUAGUGAC